AUGCUACGGGUUGACCGCGCGCACUACGCCCCAGCAUCACCUUACGAAGAUUCUCCACAGCCUAUAGGCCACAAGGCCACCAUCUCCGCACCGCACAUGCAUGCUUCAGCGUGCGAAACACUUCUCGACCACCUGCAGCCCGGUGCCAAAGUCCUUGAUGUCGGUUCCGGCUCAGGCUAUCUUACAGCUGUUCUCGCCAACCUAGUUGCGCCUAACGGAACCGUCAUCGGCAUCGAUCAUAUUCAGCCCUUGAACGAUCUAGCAGACAGCAACAUGCGGAAGUCAGAAGAGGGACAGAGCAUGUUGGAGUCAGGGCAUGUCAAAUUUGUGACCGGAGAUGGGCGGAAAGGUUGGGCAGAGGGCGCACCGUACGAUGCCAUUCAUGUCGGAGCUGCUGCUGCUGUCCACCACCAGGCCUUGACCGAUCAAUUGAAAGCUCCGGGCCGGCUCUUUGUCCCAGUCGCCGAAGGCCGGGCGCAGUAUAUUUAUGUCAUCGACAAGAAGGAAGACGGUAGUCUUGAGCGCCAAAAGUUGUAUGGUGUACAGUAUGUGCCGUUGACGGAUGCGCCAGUGUAG